AUGGAGGCGUCGGAGCUGGCGGCGGUGGUCGGCAUGGUGGCGGAGUGCCUGGACGCGGAGGACUACGACGAGCACGAGGGCAUCACGGAGGAGUCCGUCGCCGAGCUCAUGAGCUGGUUUGAGCUCGAGAUCAAGCUCGCCGCCGGGGCCAACGCUCUGCCGCUGCCGCCGCCGACAGUGAGCGAGAAGAAAGAGAGCUGUGGGCCAUCGCUGUCGGGGCCGGCGUCCACGGUGAUGGCGUCCGUGGACGGGCGUGCGGAGUGGUACAAUUGUGCUAGAAGUAAUAGAGUUGGGAUUGAAGCAAUUGUGGAAGAGUGGAAGUUGGACGAACAGCAAGCGGAGGAAUUGGGGUGA